AUGGUGAUAAAUAAAGCAAAUAUUGCUGGCAUCAAACAUGAAGCCAGAUUUGAAAGGGCUGUUAUGAAUUACACUUUAGCUGGAUAUCAAAUAGCUGGGGCAUGUGCUACAUUUGCAGUUGCUUCGCGUGGUCUUUGGACUUCUUUCAGAGGAGCUGAUGUCAGAGUGUACAUGCGAAGAGGUCAAUUUCAAGACAAACCAGAUUUGAUAGGCAACAAACGCAGGAUGGGAAAUGAUGUUGACAAUUUCCUUCACAAUCUAACGGGUGAUUAUCAGGACGAAUAUGUGAAUCGGGACGAACCCCUUUCACAAAAGUGGUCAAAAGUGCAAGAUAACCGAAAUUACGCUGAGAAACUCACAAAAUAUUCAGAGAAUAAAAGAAAAGAAUCAACUAUUAAACAAGAGAAGCCAAACCACUACAAGUUCACAGCGGCGCCCACGCGUCACAUUGCGAUGAUACCAAAUCCCAUAUUUUCAACAACUGUUUGGCAGAGCGGUUCCUCGCAAAUAAUAAUGAGACAUUUCGAACCGAUUACCGAGAUUAGGGUGGAUAAUAUUUACGACGAUAAUCUCAAGAAAGAUUCCGUGGACAAUGUGGACGAAAUCGUUAGACCCACUCAGUCCAUUUCACCUGACAUUAGAAUAAUAGUUGAAGACAGUCCGAAAAGUAACGAAAUCAAAAUGAGAGAUUGGAAACCAUCACCGCGGCCAGUUAUACCUGAUUAUUUAACUGAAGUUGAUGAAGAUGCGAUAGUCUACAAGGCUGUAUAA